UAUUUUAUUUUAGGGCUAGAAACAGAACCCAGGACCUUGCACUUCCUAGGCAAAUAUUCUACCAUUAAUCUAAAUCCCCAACUGCACUACGUUCUUUUAAUUUGGGGCCUUUUUGUUUGGUUGGUUUGGGAUUUUUUUUUUCUUUUGCUUGUAUCUAUUUGGCAUGUGUACCUGUCUUCAUGCAUGUAUGUGUGGUCAGAGAACAACUUGCCACUAGCUGGGUCCUGGAGCUAGAACUCAGGUCUUCUAGCUUGGCAGCCUUUACCUAUGGAGGCAUCUUGUGGACCCUCGCUUUACUUUGUUAAGUUGCUUGAGCACCUCCUUUCUUCUCAAAACAAGUCACUCAAGACCCAGAUCAGUAUCUUCCUUUAAGUCGCGGUCAUCUCAGUUAACAGCCGCUCAGCCCAGCCAAACAAGCGGAUCAGGAAGGAUGUUCGAUGAAGGAUGCAGAGCAAAAGAAGGAACAGGGUAGCUUAGCGGGUGUCUGUUGAGUGAAAGGCGAUUCUUCUCUGUGCUUUCUCCUGAUCUGAUGAACACUGGCAGGAAAGCUAGCUGUCUGCGCUGGGCCCUGUACCUGGCCAGCACCUCACCUGGGGCUUCAGGCUCCUUGCAAGUGGGAGGGAUUGCCCUUGUUUCCCUUUCGCUUUCUCUGUCCACCGAACUUGACUCCAGGGGCCGGAACUUGAGUUCCCACUGCGCUGCAAGACAAGAGGACGAAGGAGACGACGGAGGGCUGCAGAGGAAAGCAGAAGAAAAAGCAAAAACUACCUGCUCACCAGAGAGGUGAAAGAGUGCCCAGGAAGCCAGAGCUAUGCAGUUCUCCAGCUCAUCCAGGACAUCAGAUGAGAAUGUGGACUAUUUGUUCAAGGUCAUCCUUAUUGGGGACUCCAACGUGGGGAAGACAUGUGUGGUUCAGCAUUUCAAAUCUGGAGUCUACAGUGAGUCCCAGCAGAACACCAUUGGGGUGGACUUCACCGUGCGCUCCCUCGAGAUAGACGGCAAGAAAGUGAAGGUGUGUGAGUUGGUGCUGAUGUGACUGAUGUCUCAGUCACCUGGAAAGUAUUGUGGACGGAUGCCGCUGAGUGUGAACAUUCUGAGAGAUCCUUUAAAGCCAGUGCAGUUCAGCCUAUGCCAUCCCCUUUGCCAGAGUUCUUCCCAAUGGAUGCAGGUGUGGGACACGGCAGGCCAGGAGCGCUUCCGUACCAUCACCCAAAGCUACUACCGGAGUGCCCACGCAGCUAUCAUCGCUUAUGAUCUCACACGGCGGUCCACAUUCGAAUCUGUCCCUCACUGGAUCCACGAGAUAGAAAAAUAUGGAGCUGCCAACUUGGUCAUCAUGCUGAUCGGGAACAAAUCAGACCUGUGGGAGAAGCGGCAUGUCCUGUUUGAGGAUGCCUGCACACUGGCUGAGAAGCAUGGCCUCCUGGCUGUCUUGGAGACAUCCGCCAAGGAGUCCAGGAACAUAGAUGAAGUCUUUGUGCUCAUGGCGAAGGAGUUAAUUGCCCGCAACAGCCUGCACCUGUAUGGGGAGAGUGCCCAGCAAGGUCUUUCCCAGGAUUCCAGCCCAGUUCUUGUGGCCCAGGUCCCCAAUGAGAGCACCCGCUGUACUUGUUGAACAUGUGUGGGAGGCCAGCACAAAAGCCAGGGUAUUCAGACACCAGUGUCUCCAGUAGUGUUGCCCAGCUGAGCCUGAUGGGCAGUACAGACUCUUAAGGAAAGGGGAUACCACUGCCCUCAAGGACUCCAUUAAAGUGAGGACUUCAGGCCCUGGAGGAAGAGGGCUAGGAUGGAUUCUCCUCAUACUGAUCUGUCUCCCCAACAUCCAGCUGUUUUAUAGUGGAGUUUGCGUCUCUGUUGUACAAAGACAGUAAAGUGAGGAGCAGGAAGAUGCAAAGAGGGUAUUUGGAACAUUCUAGAUUUGGAGUCAGCCCAGGCACUGUUGGGGAAGGCCUGAAAUGAAAAGCCAGCCUCCUUCCAACAGUCACAGCCAGGCCUGUUACCUAGAGGCCAGAAAUGCUUUCUUGCCAAAUGGUCAGGAACCAGGAGGCAGAUGGAACUGGCUUGCCCUUUGUCACUCUGACUACAAGGGUGGAAGAAAUGCCUACUAUGAAUUCUUAAAACAUCGAAUUAUCUCUUGUACAGAAGUCAGACCUAAGUUGAAAUUAAAUUGUCCUUAUAUUAUUAACAAACCAGUGUUGUGUCACCUCCCAUAAGAUGUGGUCAGAGCAGCUGAUGCCUUCUUGCAGUGAAGUAGUCCACACUUUCAGAACUAUAAAUAGAGGGCUAGGGUGUAGCUCAGUGCUAGAGCAUAUAUAAUGUUCUUCAAGCCAGUUGCUUGUACUGGGCAGACUCCCUGAAGGAUUCAUGUCCUGCCCAUAGUGUCACAUAUAGAGGCUUGAUCCUUUAACACGGAGCCCUGAGUUACUUCUCUCCAGAGAACUGUAAUAAAAAGAGCCAGUUUGGUCCCUCUCCCUC